AUGACCAUUACUCAAGACUCCUCCAUACAAUCCGUCAACGAGACCAUUCUUCCUCGAAGAUAUCAAGAGGAGAUUUUUCAACGCGCUCAAGAAUGCAAUGUCAUUGCAGCACUCGACACCGGCAGUGGAAAGACUUUCAUCAGUAUUUUGCUCAUCAAAUGGAUCGUGCUACAAGAGAGUGCUCGCGGCAAAGUCAUCGUAUUUCUGGUACCCAAGGUAGCUCUGGUCGAACAACAGGCCAACUUUAUCGCCGCGCACACUCCUUUGCGAGUCAAAAAGUUCCAUGGAUCUCUCGAUCUGGAGCUCACUGAUCGUGCCAACUGGAGAUCAUCCUUCGAGAAGUCUGACGUCGUUGUUAUGACUGCACAGAUAUUUUUGAACAUAGUCACACAUUCGCACUGGAGCAUCGACAAGGUUUCUCUUCUCGUCUUUGACGAGUGUCAUCACACUAGGAAAAAUCACGCUUACAAUGGCAUCAUGCGGGAAUAUUUCCAAACUCCGUCGUUCCAGCGCCCAAAGGUGUUUGGCAUGACUGCGUCUCCCAUUUGGAAUCCAAAAGAUGCUCAGGGAUCUCUCAUGACACUCGAGAGGAACCUUGACGCUAUCGUCAUUGCAGUCCGCGAGCAUGUCUCGGAGCUACUUCAUAACUCCCCCCGUCCCCUUGAGAUCAUCAAGGAGUACUACCCCCCGCCUACCAAUUACAUCUACCUGCAUCCUAAUCUGUGGGACUGUGUAUCCUUAUUCCGCUCCCCCGACGUUGCAAUUCCGUGGGAGAAGCUUCAGAUGAAGUAUCAUGUCACCCGAAACAGCCUGGGUCCUUAUUGUGCCGACCUCUAUUUAUACCACGAUAUCAAAGCACGAAUCUCCCAGAUCAUCAAUGACCUAGAAGCGUCGAUCAAGGACAAACCACGCAUUAAUUAUGAUGACGACAUAUACCCUGGCAUGGACAUCGACGAAUCGUCAGAGACUACUAUCACUAUUUCUCCUGACCUUGAGCAAAUUGAUUUCAUCCUCUGCGAAUUUCGACCUUUCUUCGAAGAUGAUUCCAUGCCUCCUGCUGUACCAAUAACUGUACCACUUGCAUGGUGCUCACCCAAAGUCAAGGCACUUGCAGAAGUGCUACUCGAACAUUGUUCUCCGACUUUUCAGGGAAUUGUAUUUGUGGAGCAACGGCAGGUGGCGGCCUGUCUGGCAAAGAUCCUUUCGUGCAUACCAGAACUUCGAGGCAGUAUUCGAUGUGCGGAGCUUGUCGGCCACGGUGGUGGACAUGGGCACCGUGGUAAACAUGCAGCCACCGCUAAUGUGAAGGGGAUGGGUCUCGCACGUCAGCAGGAUGUUGUCAAGUCCUUUCGUGAUGGUACUUUGAACUUGCUUGUAGCAACGUCAGUUGCUGAAGAAGGUCUUGACUUUCCCGCCUGUGAUCUUGUUAUUCGUUUCGAUCCGCUACAUCACAUGGUCGGAUAUGUACAAUCGCGUGGUCGGGCACGCACCAAAACGUCUACUUUCGUCAUCAUGGUGCAGGAAGGUCACAUGGCACACCUCAAUCGUUACAAGAUCUUUGUUGACAGCGAACCCGAGCUCAAGCGUGUUUAUCAGAGCCGAGAAAACCCUACUCGCCCAUCCUCACCGGCGCCUUCCGACUCGGAGGAAGGUGAAGUAGAAGAGGAGAAUCCGAUUGAUUUGGCCGCACGGGAGCGGUAUAUAGUUCCUUCGACGGGUGCUGUGCUCACAUACGGUUCUGCUAUCAGUCUAUUGAACUAUCUCUGUUCCCUAAUUCCCCAUGACGCAUUCACACCCACCCCAAAUCCAAAGUACAGCGGUGACUAUGCCACUGUGCUUGAGCUGCCAUCCAGUCUUCCUCUUCCCAUCGAUAAAUUGAUCUUCCGCGGACCACCCCGAUGUUCCAAGCGAGAAGCCCGGCGUGCAGUAGCAUUCAUAGCUGUCAAGGAGCUUCACAAACUCGGGGUAUUCGACGACUACCUUCUUCCGUCAGCUGGCUCCAAGGGUAGGAACUUAGAGGAUGCCGACGGAAGAAAGCUUUUGGAUGUGAGUGAUGUGCCCGACAUCAUAGAUGUUCCGGUGCGGGAUCCUUGGGCUCUAGGGCCGCGGCUGAGGAUGCACGUCAUUUCCAUCGACGGCGUUGACGUUGCAGGACUCGUCACUGGCACGGAGUUACCAGCGCUAGAGAUCAUGAGCGAAGGCUGUCUUGUCACAAUGCGGUGCACUGACGAACUUGUAUUUGACGAAGACGAGGAAUGGGAGAAGUUGGAGAUGCUCAACGAGUAUACCAAAAUGGGCAUCUGGUUCUGCAUCACUGGCCGACCCAUCACUCUCCCUAUCACUUGUUUUCUCGUUCCACUAACUCCUCACAACUGUAUCGACUUCGACGCAGUGGAGCGUGUUGUUCGCGAUCCUAUAGGAACGUACGACUGGUCGUCUGUAACUGAAGACGAUUAUCAUCGCACCCUGAUCAUGAACUGCAAUCAGUUCGGACGAGCAAUGGUUCUGCGCAAGAUACGACACGAUUUGACAGCUCUGUCUGUACCACCACCUGGCUCCCGUGAGUCUUCCUGCUCCACCUACGAAGAAUUCUUCGUACAGAGAUGGACCAGGAAGACUCGCGAAGCGGUCGUUCCGACCGACUGUCCCUUGGUUGAAGCCACUUACAUUCCACGUCAUCCCUCUGGUCUGUAUCGACCAAUGCACCGCUUACAGGACAUCGACAAGUAUAAGCGUCAAAUGGCACGCCCGGGGCUGCUUGUCCCUCAAGGAGCCUGUCGACGCACAUAUUUCUCGGAAAACGUGUACCGCGCAUUCCUCUUCCUUCCACGCAUAUGCCGCCGUGCUACGGACCUGUACCGCGCUCAACAAGAACGGUUUGAGCUCGGGUUACCCGCCAUGAAGGACGAGCUUCUCAUUGAAGCGUCGACCUUGCCCACGACAAGUGCAACGUGGAACAACCAGCGUUUAGAAACGCUGGGAGACUCUGUUCUCAAACUUGCCACGACCGUUCAUGUCAUGAACAAGUACCCCCACCGGCACGAGGGGCAGCUGUCUCAGCUGCGCCAGAACAGCGUGUCCAAUCGGACUCUGCUAGCAAGGGCGUUGGAGAUUGGCCUCGAGAGGUACCUCACCUCGGAGGGCCAGAGUCUCCACGUGUGGCGCCAUACCAUCGCAAAAGAUGACGAUCGCAUGGAGCCUUUCACUUUUGCGAGACGGCAUGCUCGUCGAGCAUACCCUCGUCGAAGCUUACAGGAUUGCAUGGAGGCAACGUUAGGCGCUGCCUUUCUGCAUGGGGGAAUAGAUAUGGCACUCCGCGCGGGAGACGCCCUAGGUAUGACUGUAGGUGGCACUAUUCCUUGGACGCUACGAUACUCUCGUCCGCCGGAACCAUCGCCGGCACCACCUCUUUUCGACGACCUUCAAGCCAAUCUUGGAUACGAAUUUCAUCGGGGCGAUCUUCUAAUUGAAGCCGCAACUCACCCUUCUUUCGCAACUACUGCCGGGUCAUCUUAUCAGCGAUUAGAAUUCCUGGGCGAUGCUGUCAUUGACCUCGUCGUCAUGAAGUAUUUGUUCAACAAGUUCCCUGAAGCCACUUCAGGUCAGCUGUCAGCUGCUCGCUCGCGAGCUGUGUGCGGGCCAACCCUAGCCUCUGUCGCUGUGAGACGGCUCGGGCUUCACAAACAUCUGCUUAUCAACAAUGUUGAACUAAGUACUGCGAUCACAAGACACGUUCCUUUGCUUAUGUCUCUCUCCCCUGAGGACACCAUCAGCAAGGGAUGGAAAUACGACCCGCCGAAAGCACUGAGCGAUGUGUUGGAAAGCAUUGUUGGAGCAGUCUUAGUUGACACCCGUUUCGACUUUGAGAAAACGGCGGUCAUAGUCGAAGCGGUGAUCAGCGAUGUGCUAGAAGUCCUCACGACGGAUCUACCUCGGGAUCCCGUGUCUGAGUUGAUGGUCUGGGCAGCUGCAGCGGGAUGCAGGCGGAUAUCCUUCCAGAAGACACAGAGUAACCCCGAUCUCCGGCGAAACGAUAGUGUUUCUGUGGUCGUGCAUGACAUAAUUGUCGUCGGACCUAUUACAGCCACCAACCUGUCUUUGUCGAAAGGUCUUGCAGCGGAACGCGCACGCACUGUCUUGGCUGACCCAGCAUUUGACAAGUCUCUCGAAAAGUUGUGCAAUUGCGUGCGGGACCUGGCCGCUGUUGUCCCAGAAGUGACGGAGGCUAUCGUCGCCGAUGAUGCCAUGGCUCCCUUGAAGCUCACUGACGAGACUGAAGAGGGCUUUGCUGCCCUCGCCAAGCAGAAACUGCUCGACGGGGAGGCUGAACCUGCUCACGACCACGAUGAGUAUGACGACGACGACGACGUGGUGGAUAUGGAUGUGGAGGAAUGA